AUGUCGGUCGCAGUCACUCAUAUCGCAGACCUCAUACCUAUGUCGAUUAGUUACGCGCAUAGCCACGGGAUAAGCUAUGACCAAUUCUCCAGCUUCCAUAUCGGGGUUAUCGAGCUACAAGCAGUGGCCGCCUCGCAGGGUAUAACCUUCCAAGCAGGAGAUAUCCUCCUUAUCCGAUUCGAGACGCUGGGCCAGAUGACUGGAGCCGAGAAGGCCGCUGCGAUGACAGGCGGCACGAUGUGCGGGCUAGAUGGGAGUAAGGAAAUGGCGCGUUGGCUUCGGGAUCGACAUUUCGCUGCUGUUGCUAGUGAUAAUAUGGCUGUUGAGGCUAUGUCUCCUAUCAUUGAUGGGGUUGAGCAACCUACCCUGAGCUUGUGUUGCAUCAGUGGUGUCUUAGUUAGUUGGGUAUUCCGCUUGAUGAGCUUCGGGAUCUGA